UCUUCUUUGUUCUAAAAUCUUGAACAUCCAGCUCUGCACUAAACCCUUUCACUCUCCUUCCGCCAUGAAACUCCUCCAAUCGAUUUACAGUCACCACAGAUCACUGGGCCGAGCCCUGGGCCGCCGUUUCUUAUGUGCUUCAACGGAGGCUUAUGCCAGGCGAAACUACGCGAACAAUCUCUCGGAGUACAACACGGUGGUCUUGUCAGUGGCUGCUCAGAGAAAACACUACUUGUUGAGAGACGUGUAUUAUGAUAUGUUGCUGGACGGCGUGCAGCCCACACGCGACGUUUUUCAUUCGCUAAUCGCUGGGACCAUGAAAGGCAGUCGCUUGCAGGACGCUCUUUAUUUUAAAGAUCAAAUGAAAGCCGGUGGUUCGCUUCCUGAUGUUACUUUGUACAACUUUUUAAUAUCAACCUGUGGGAAAUGUAAGAACUGUGACCAGGCAAUUCGGAUCUUUGAAGAAAUGAAGAGCGAUGAAGUUAAGCCAAAUGGACCAACGUAUGUCUGUUUGCUUAAUGCAUGUGCUGCAGCUGGCCGAAUAGAUCGAGUAUAUGCAAUUGUUCGUGAUAUGACUGCAGCUGGUGCCGGGUUAAAUAAGUUCUGCUAUGCUGGACUUAUAGCUGCACAUAUUAAUAAGACACCUCGAACAGUUGAUACAGCCGCCAAAAUUAUUGAGUUUGUAGAAGCGUCAAAGGGUUGGACAUCUGUUGAAGAAUCAAGUACCAAUGCAGAAAAUGUAAUGAUGGGCGUUUCUGAAGAAGAAUUGUACAAUUUACCCACGGCUGAUUAUGCAGUCAAACGAGGAUUUUUGAAUAGGCAACUAACUGUAUAUCAUGUUGCAUUUCAUGCUUGUGUUGAGCUUAGAAAUGUAGAGGCAAUGGAAACACUUUUGGAGAUGCUUAAGAAGGAAGGAAAUGUUCCUGAUGUCUUUAUUGUGAUGCAGACAAUCAGGUGCUAUAUGUAUUCUGGAGACAUUGAUCGUGGCCAUAAAACUUUUGAAGACUAUAUGAAUUCAGGGAAGCCUCGUGUGAUGGAACUAUAUGUGACACUUAUAGAGGGAGCCAUGGUUGGGUAUACUCCCAGGGGCAUGCAACUUGCCGAAAAGACUCUGUUAAGCCUGAAUGAUAAGGGCUUCUACUUGACCCAUAAACAGGGAAGUGACCUCCUCAUUGCAGCAUCUGGAGAGAAGACGGGUGGAUAUACCACUGCAAAUUUGAUUUGGGACAUGAUGCAAGCUCGCAAAAUUCCUCUAUCAUUUGCAGCGGUGGAAGCAUAUUAUUAUGGCUUAAAAGGACGGCAGAUACCCGAAGAUGAUCCAAGACUGCUAUUAGUUUUUCAUACCUAUGACAACUUACGUCCAAAUUUCGGACGGCAGACACAGACACGGACACAGUAGUUGCCUAAGAUGGACUGACAAACUCGGUUGGAAGAUGAGGAUAUAUUCACCGGUCACCACCAGCAUAGUCUGUGAUAAAUAGUUUUGCUUUACGUAGCCUUGUUAUUAUUUUUGAAGCAGAAAUGUGACACCAAGUUUCAUCCGCAAAGUUAUCCAUAAUGUCAGAAUUUGAUGUUAAUCGGAUCCUUCAUUCAUACUAUCAGAUAUUUGGAAAUCUAUUUUAUCUGUAUUUUUUUUUGCAUAAUUAAGGUCUAGGCUUGUAAUAAAUCGACCAAAUAUGUGGUUCUUGAUUGACUAGAAGUCAGCAGCGUGUUAUUUAUUUAUUUUUAUAA